UUUUGACGCGCUCCCUUCCUGUGAUGCUAGAUUUAAUGCCCGCUUCUCUACGUGCUCAGUUUGGAGGACAGAUGUGAUGUCUGCUUCUACAGUCACUGAGGACGAGGUGGAGUUUGUGUCUGAGGGUUCUCUCAGACCGGUGUUGGAAUGCAUUGACCUGCUGAGUGACGGAGCGGAUGAGGGUGGCAUGUCUGCCGCACACACCAUUGAGGAGCAGGUUGACAAGCAGAGGGCUCAUGCUAUGUCCACACUGGACAGACUGGCACGUCAGGUUGCUGUGGAAAAACUGGAGAGGCGUGAAAAGUGCAAAGCUUUUAAGGAGAAAAUAAAUUCACAGCAAGCACAUGGGCGGCACGAGCUGUCGGUCAGCCAUAGUAAUAGUGGCAGUAGUGAUGCCAAGCGCUGUGUGGAUAUUUGGCUAAAAAUGCCAGGUUUACAGCCAGGCUCCGUUAACUCCAGCUCACUGUGGAGGCGCAGAUCGGCUCCCGCUGCAGCACAAUCUUCUCCUCAAACCUGCCCGGUCAUCAACUGCGGCAGAGUCUAUGACAAUGUUCCUUUGAUUCAGGGUCAUCUUAAAAGGUUUGAUCAUUCACCCUGUGAUCCCACGAUUACGCUGAGAGGCAGCCCCGCUGCUUUCUAUGCCUGUGUGGCCUGUGGGCACUACUUUCACUCCAAAUGUGCGUGGAAGAACCACGUGGAGUCUAAGGUGUCUUUCCCGGACACUGAUGGUCACAGCCGUUCCCAGAGCUAUCAGCUGAUUGUUUGCUUUGCAUGUCCUGCCUGUUACCUCCUCUUCAACAUCAAGGACGAAUGCCUUGAGCACAUAUCUGCAAAAAAACACUUCACUCAGUCCGUCACUCUCUGUGAGAUAAAACCAUUAAGCGUGCCUAUACCAGUUCCACGGUACGCGAAGAACCGUUUAAUCGCUCUUUGUAAGGACGUUGACUUCACCGUCAAAUGCACAGCCUGCUCUACGGUGCUCUCCUCACAUAUGGAGGCAAGAGCACACUUCAAUGUGCACUGCAAUAAUGGCUGUGCUAUUGUCACUGCUGAUCAAAGCAUGGCUGACAUCAUGAGGACGAUGGCAGUCAUGGGUCGUUGCUCCUCAUGCCCCAAACCUUUUUUUAGCUUGGGUCAGAUGGAGGAGCACAAAGAGCUCCUGAAACAUGAGGUGAAGAGGGUGAGCAGUAUGGACAGGGCCCUUCUGUACUACAGCAACUACUGUGAAAUCCAAAGAGUUCAGAAGGCCACGGCAUGUGGGAGCGUUUCAGACGGGCCUUCAGCUAAGCGAAAAACACUGGCCAGCUUAGAUUCCCAAGUCGAAUCAAGAAAAUGGUCACAGCUCGCCUGGUUCUGUGAGUGCGGCCUACGCUUCACAGAGGAGGAUCAAGCAAGGAAGCACCUCCAAGCUGCCAAUCAGAUCUUUCACAAAUGUGCGGUCUGUGGCAAGCUAAUGGGCGAAUUGUCCAUAACGCGCUUGCACAUGAGCCGGUUCCACGGUGGUGCUCAUUUGUCCAACUUCCUUUUCCACUGCAGACAGUGCAAGGUGGAGAUGCCGAGGAUGGAAGACAUGAUGGCCCAUGUUGGUGUAAGCCACAGAGGGCACAGCUACUACCAGGAAAGAGAAGACACAGCAGACCACUGCGUCUUGUCCAGUAUGUCCCCCAAACCGUCUACCAGUGCGGAAACCGAAAUGACCAGGCCGGACAGUUCCUCUUGUGUCCCGCCUCCCAAAGCCGAGUCUUGGCUUUGUCGGAUGUGUGAAGACCUCUUCGAGUCUGAGGCGGCGGUGCGGAAACACUGCAGCGAUUUGAGCAGCCACAGUUUCCAGAGGUUCGCCUGUGGCCACUGUCCGCAGAAGUUUUUCAAGGACUCCACCCUGCGGCGGCAUUGCGCCAAUGAGCAUGGUGACGACAUAGUCCUGCGCUACUUCUGCGGGCUGUGCGAUAGCAUGAUGUACGACACCGAGGCAGAGUUUCUGGAGCACUACAAUAGUCUGCACAGCCAAGAUUACUACUGCUUGCAAGUGGCUCAGAAUGUUUCCCAAGCAGUCACGGAAAACACCGUUGAGAGUCCGAUAGCAAGUACAAGCCAUGAGCAACUUUGUCCUUGCAUGGGCUCUGAGAAAUCCAGGGAGGAAAGGAAACCUAUAUUCACAAAAUGCAUGAAACAGUUGGCCACCGAAAAUAAAUGCAGUUACUGCUGUCGCCAGUGCGACAAAAACACGCCCACCUACGCCGAGAUGAAGACGCACAUCCUCCUGACACACAAGACCCAGGGCAAUGAGAAAGGUUUUGAUGUUCUGUGCACGGUUUGCUCACAGAGCCACAAAGAUAUACCCAGUUUCCAUUCACACUACCACAAGCAUCACUGCCAGUCAGAACCUUGCGCUUCUUCCCGACCCAACAGUACAGAUGAGAAACCGGCCGCCACCACCAGCAUAAUAAAUGCCAAGGAGAUCUUCCCUCAGAGUAAUGCUGAGAAGUUUCAAGACGUAAAGAAUGCCAUUACCUCAAGUAUUCUUGAUGUUAAAAAAGACGAUGGUGCAUUUGAUCAGGACAUGAAACUGGCUUUGGCUUUGAGUGCAGAAGAGGUCAAGAAAUCAAAAGAGCUGGAUAUUGAGAUGGAAGAAGCCUUGAAAAGAAGCUUACAGGAAUUUUGAUAAGGGAAGACCAUUUGAGUGUUUGUUUUCCCAUGUUGUUCAUGCACUGUAGUGAUUAAGCACGCAUUUCUUUUCUUUCUGUUUUUCUUAA